GGAUCUUGUUCUAGAAUUAAAUUAAAUAUAUGAAGAUGGGUUAGUAACUUGCUCAAGAAUCCGAUGAAAACGUGUUUUUAUUUUAAAGGAAUUUUUGUUAGCUAUUAAAGCAAUUUUUUUUUUUUAUCGAUGAACAUUUCCUGCUGGGACAUUAAUUAAAGUUGAAUUGAUAGUGAAACUGACCAAGACGCCUAUCUGUCCUCAGGUUACCGUUAGCGGUUUCACUUGUUUUAUUUUUUUGUUGAAGUCACAUAAACUUUUGCAUCCACUUUGUUGGGUGCAAAGGUAAGAUUGAUCUAAAUCGAAAAGUAAAGGGGAGCUUAAUCUUUACUCCCAGGCAGUUCCACAACACGACGUUAAUCUCCCUAAAGCUUUGACAGCCUACAACUAACACCUGGAUGACGAAAUAAAAGACCUAUCGGAACUAAACUCUUAUGUUGUACAACUUCGUGAUUUAUUUUGAAGGCUGUCUCCGGAAGUUAGAGAUUAGGUUUCAAUUCCAACAUGACAUCGCUGCUAUCAGAGUAGUGUGUUCCUGGAAAGUGAGUGGAUAUUUAUUUAAUUAAGGGCUUUUUUUCCCCCUAGCUCUACUAGAUUUAAUAGGAAAGGGAUGUGCUGUUGAAGGAGACGCAGGCUGUGAUGAAACCCUAACUGAAUGUUUAAAAACGCAGAGAUUUUUCCCGUCCGGUUGUUAUGGAGCAGCCACCAGGGAGCCUUGAUGAUCUACAGUAUCAAGGUGUCUCCUCCUCCACUCUCCCCAGCGUAACUGACUUGACCAGGAAAGAGGAAGAAUGCCUCCUCUCCUCACCAUCUCUCGAUGCCUUGCGGAGGGUCAAGGGCUCUGGCUGGGCCCCAAACGCUGGAUCCACCAUCCCCUUGUUACAGUUCUCAGAGACUGGGUCCUCAGACGUCGCACUUCGAUCAGGGGAUCAAAUUCACCCAGACAAUGCCUUAUCCCACACUACAGUCACCCUGUCCUACGUGAGCAGGUCUCAUGUCUUCUCCACUCACAACUCUCCUCUGUACAAUGUGUCACCCAUCAGCAGGUUUUCCCUCCACCCUCACUGCAACACGGACAACAGGUUUGGGGAAACUAGCUAUGCAUUGAACCAGCAUAACCCAGAGCAAGAUAAAGAGCCCAUUAACCUCGCCACACAGGCGGAACCUUUUCCCUUGUUUUCUCAACCUCAAGUGGGACCAGAGGAUGAUGCAAGAGAAUACUAUGUGCAAGAGCCUCCAGAGUUUAAUGUAGGAGUCCUUUUCAGUGACGGAUACAAAGACCAACGACUGGGAGAAGAAGAGAAGCACAGCAUUCCUCCUGAAAAUAAAAAGUGUUUAGAGAAUGGUCAGCAUGAUGACUGGUCAAUUUCCGGAGCACAUAGUGAAUCCUCAUCAGAAAUUGAUGAUGAGAGAGGGACCUCCGAUGUGCUUUUCAUUGAGGCUAAGAAACUGGACCAAGUGGUCUCCGACAGUGGAGGUGCAACAGAUCUGGGUUCAGUGAGCAGGGAGUACAAGAGUCCUUUGGAGGAUUCCGUCUCCCCACCCUCUACCUCAGUAGACGAUGUGGAGGAUGUGUUCCUCCUUCCUCAGGCCUCUAGGUCACCCAGCGCGGAUGGGUUUUAUCCAGAGUCUGCUGAUGAUGCAGUUCAUGAUACCUUAAGUACAGAUGAAGCCACUCGGGCAAGCUCUGUAUCUAGCGUUUGCCCCACAAGGAUAGAUCCUAGUGACGAAAGUAAACGGUCAUACAGUAGAUGCCGGGCUGUGUUGGAACCUUUGAUCGACUUGACUGGUGAUGCUUGUGUGUCGCAUUAUCCGGAGAACAAAACCGGUAGUGUUGUUCCUCAAGUUAAUGGGAAUGCGAAUGCGCUGGAGAGGACUAUAAAAGAAAGGAAACUGCCCAUGCGUUCAGGUAGAGGAACUCGACUGGAGGCAAUUGUCAUGAAUAUAAAUUCAAGUCGCUAUAAAGUGUCAGGCUGCAUUCUUGCUGGUAAAAAACCUAGUGCCUCCCAGCUAAAGACACAUGAUUCUGCCUUCCCCGAUUCCAAAAAGACACUGCCUGGCCGCAGAAGGAAAGGCAAGGUGAAAACUACAUUCUCACGAAGAUCCGUCAAAAGAAAAGCUGUGAAUGAGAAAAAAGGUAAACCUAGAAACAACUCUGAAAGUUGCAAUGACUCUACCUCUGUUUCUGUACUCAUCAACGAGACAGAAAUGUCAGGCGGCAGCACAGCUGCUAAAAAGCCUCUAUUUGCGAAGCCAAGCAGAAAAUCAGUGCACCUACCCCAGAGUGGCUCUGUGAAGUCAAAGAUUAAACCCCCAUCCCAGUCAAGUGCCCAGUUUCGUGAACAUAAGAACUCAAAAAAGAAGCCGGAGUUGCUUUCUGCACCCAAACCCUCAGUGGAAAUGAAUGCAUCAAAAGUUUCCUUCCCCGGGCCGCCACCAAAAUCUCCAAAGAACAACCAGAGUGACACCAAAACCAGAUCCCCUGAAAGCAAAGCAUCUCCCACCAAGAAGACGAAGGCGGCCCAUGCCCCGAAACGGAGGCGUAAGAAACCCAAACACAGACAGCCUUCUUCUAUCUUCUCCCCGAAGGAGCCUGAGAUUAAGCUCAAGUAUGUCAACUUCAAGGAGGAAAAAAAGGACCUCAGGUUGGACAGUUUCUCUCCAUUUGUUUGUGUCAAGCGGCAGCAGUCGUCACCUGCUCUAUGCACAAUAAUAAACUACCCUGAGGAGAUAAAGACGGAACCCAAGCAGCAGCAGGCUCACUCCAGCCGCUUCAUCUCUGCUGUUGUACCCAGCACCUCCUCUCUGCAGCUGGGACGGCCAUCCACGCACAGCCAACACCAGCGUGCUCUCGUCUGCUGCUUGUGUGGGCAGUCGGCCAACUCAAUUGACUUGGGGGACCUCCAUGGACCCUAUUAUCCUGAGGGGUACCAGCCAAACACCAAAGCACCACCCACUGUGUCAGGUCUCAAAGAGGAUGAGGACGAUUCCAGCGAUUCUGACUCUUCCUCCAGCAGUAUGAGAGCCAGACAUUGGGCCUGCAGUCAAGGAGCUCAGCUAAAGCAGAAAGGCCCCCUGGGGAACCGUAGGCGGCCCAGCGGCAGGACCAGCAGUCCUGCAGCCAAGCAGGCCCGAUUGGCUGGUGGACUGGCAGAUGUCGAGGACUGGUACAGCCCGCCUCUGCUGUCUGUGGAGCCAUGUGAAUAUUGGCUUCAUGAGGAUUGCGGCAUCUGGUCUGCAGGCGUGUUCCUGGUCAAGGGCAAAGUUUACGGGCUGGAGGAAGCCGUCAAGGUGGCUCAGGAAACGAUGUGUUCGGCAUGCCACAAUCCAGGAGCGACAUUGGGCUGCUUCUUCAAAGGCUGUCCAAACAAGUACCACUACAGGUGUGCUCUGGAGUCAGACUGUGUACUCGUCGAGGAAAAUUUCUCCAUGAAGUGUAGGAAGCACAAGAACAAGACGUUGAAAGCACUUCCAGGGAGCCGAUGGGACGACAGGUGACAGUUUACACAAAUCUCAUGAGAAUCCUGCAGGCAUCUGCGAGUAACCAGGACAUCGGUGGACCAGGGUCCGCCUCCACGCCCCCCGACUGACAGCUAGCACCCAUAAACCUUAGCGACACCCUCUGCUCUUCAUUGUGACUGUUAAACUGGAGGAGGCCGGCCUGCCGCUACUCAUCAGCCGAUCCCACCUGUGGUCUGCAGGAAAAUUAGAGUAACAUGCUGAAUUUGUCUUUUAUUUAUAUGGGAUUGUUCUUUUUGCUCAGAUCAAUAUGAAUAAUAGUCAAAGAUAUUUAAUUUUUUAGAGAUUUUCUAAGAAUUUGAUUCUGUUUGGUUUAUUUAUUCCUGAACUUUUCUUAUCAGCUUCUUCUGUUUGUGAAAGAGGCCUAAUUGUUUUUGUGCGGGUGUGUGUGUGUGUGUGUGUGUGUGUUUUAUUUUCCUUUUGGAAGUUAUGGGUUAAGCGUUUUCAUGUACUUCAACCAGUCAAGGAGAUUCAUAUUUGUUUUAUUCCAAUAUGGGACAGAAAUAAGAUGGAGUGAAGCUGCUGCGCUCACAGAGCCAACUGUCUGAGUAGGCAUGUGCUGGCAUGACAUAACUUUGCAUAUUAAUACCAAUGUCUCCUGCUGUUUACACAAAAUACAGAUAAACCGAAACUUGUAAUAUGAUUAAAUUUCUCUUAUUUAGAGCAAUAAAGCGACAAUUACUGCCACUGGCUGCAAACUAUUUCGUAUUGAGCCUUAUGAUAAUUUUAUAACAUUUAAUUUUAAUGCAUAAAAUUGAGCAGCCAUUCAGAAUGGCCACUAGUAAACAUGCCUAUUUUGUAAUACAUCUGCACCUAAUACAAUACUAACAAGCUGGUUUUGCAGUAUUCUUGUAUUACAGUAAGUUUGAAUAAACGUAAAGCAAUGGAAGGCUAACAGUCAGACCGAUCCCCUGUUCUGGAUGAUUUUAGCAAUUUUAUUAGUUUUUUUAAACAACUCAUUGUUGCCGUGGUAUUUAACGCUAUAUUAGUGGACAUUAAACGUCUACAAUCUCACAAGUCACUGUUGUUUGGUUUGUUCUGUUUUUCUCAGCUGAAAAACCUUCUUGUUAUGGUGAUAAAAGUUUGUUGAAGCUGCUGCUAGCAUCGGACCGCCUAAUAUGCUGCGGUCUGUUAGUUCACUCCAAGUCCACCAAGAGUGAAGGCAGCUUUUAAACAGGCUGUCUGCUGUGUAAUGCCACUGAAAGUAGUUCGAAGUCUCCCUUUUAUUUGGAAAUUAGCCGUUUGGACUCACAGUCAGCUGAUUGGGUGCAUGAUGCAAACAGCGCGGUCUACUAACAUAGUCUGAGCAUCGUUACAUAAAUGUUAAACCACUCAGAAAACAGUGACAAAUUUAACAAUGGUCUCCUGUUAGUUUGUGAAAAAUAUCCUCUAAUAUAGUCCUGCAUCCCAUGGAUGUGACCAUUCUCAGGUUAAGUUGCUUUAAACAGCUAAAACUAGCUACUUGUUAGGCUCCCCCUGCUCUGAGGAUUUCUAAGCUUUUCUACAAACCCGUAGCAAUGUGACUUCUGUCUGCUACAGCCUGUAGCCUACAGAAAUGGAAUUAUUAAUCAUAAUAAGCUCACCAAACCUCGAUUUAACUGUUUAAUUAGUCGGGUUAUCUGCUCAGGUAGCAGUGUGUAGCAACAGAUGGGAGGAGCAGCGCUGUCAUAACUCCAAUCACUUGAUACUAGAAUCAUCUCUGCCCAUGCCUAAAGAUGAGAGUUGGGAACACAGUGAAAGCAGCACAUUAGACCAUCUGUAAUGGUAUUAUGAUCUUUGCUUUAAUGAUGCAGCUUGUUCUAACCUUGGAGCUCAGGUUGUUUCAUUGAUGCAGUCCAUCAGUGUGUGUGUGUGUGUGUGUGUGUUUUGAAUGUAUUCUAACAGAAAGCACUCCAGUCUUCUCUGCAGCACUGUUCAGCUCACUGUGCUCCACGCUCUUUCGUGGCUCUUUGAUGCUCAUUGGUUACUUAUUCCACUAUUAAGAAACAUCAUCAAACUGUUAGAGAUGAUAUCAAUUUUUGUUGUCCAUCUCCAAAGCACCUUGGCCUCCCACAUUUGGUUGGGAUCAUUAAAUAUGUGUCCAUGUUAUUUUCGCCUGAACUGCCUUUUAAAUUAGUAGGAAUCUUAGAAUUUCAGUCGGACUUCCUGUGAAUCCUGCUGUAGAAUAAUAACCGAGUAUUCGUCCUCCUUUAGUAAAGAGGUCCCUUUAAAUGCAAGGUGUUGCUGUUUGACUGGAUCUCUCCACAGUCUGAGCUGAGAUCCGGUCUGCUCACAGCAGAAUUUUCUCAUUUCUCUCUUCAGUUUCACUCCAGCUCUGCAAUCAGAGUCACUGAAGUGAUUCAAACCUACAGUUCCUUAUAAAAGGUCAUCACUAAAAUGCAUUCAUCUGUUCAUUCGGGCCUCAAAUAGAUUAUCGGCAGCUGAAAUCCUCUCUGAAAAAGCCGUAUCUGAUCUACAGAGGUGUAAACGAUUUCCUGGGAUGCAGCAACAAAUUGGUUGAUCCUCACAUCCUGAGUACACAUCUUCUCCCUGUGUGUCCAAGCUCUCAAUCUGCCUGUUUAAUUUUAGGAAGUCUGUGAACAGCGCUGGCAUCUCUGCGUACCUUUACAGUAUCACCAUUGGGGGCAGCAUGGAGCCACCUGAGACCUCUGAUGGUAAUAGUUGCGUUAAGCCAUGACAAUGUCUCAGAACAUCCAUUUAGUGGCAGCUUCAGCUACUUGUUGUGUCACCAGCAGCAUGAAGCAUCUCAGAGGAAUCCAAGUCUCACCUUUAAAAAAAAAAAAAAAAAGAAAACCUAAUGGCUGAUCGUUUUGUGCCAUCUUUGUUUCUGUAUUUUCUCCGUUUGUAUUUUUAAUGCAGUAAAACAGUAGGAUGCCGUUUCUUUUAAGCAGGUUUGUCUGCAAAUCUGGAAGCUUCAGUGAUUUGUACCAAAUAGAUAUUUCUGAAGAGAUUUUUAUUAAAAAAUGUUUGCGUGUUGCUCUCAGGGCUGAAUUUCCGAUAUUGUAAUGACUUUGUUUUUUUACCUGUUUUUUCUAACACUGUUACCGCAGUGACACAUGGAGCAGGAAGAGGUUUUCUGCAGCAUAAAUGUAAAGUCUUUCCUGUACAUACUAAAAGUUACAUUCCAGUUCCUUCUCCAUCUGCCUCAGCGCUUUGGUGUUUUUCAGUUUCACAUCAGAAGAAGACAGCCAACCUAUUGUUUUAAUGUUGCCAUCAUCUGAUUUUCUGGCAGGUUUUUGUACCUUCUUGUUCACCUCUUGAAGUAUCAAAGGUCUGGUAAUUGUCAAAAUAAACAUUCAGCCUUCUGGA